AUGGAUCAAUCAACGGACUUUCUCAAUACUGAAAUUAGGAUAGUUUUAAUAGGAAAAACCGGGAGUGGAAAAAGUGCUACAGGAAACACAAUCCUUGGAUCGAAAUCUUUUGAAUCAGGCUUAUGUGCAAAAUCGGUUACAAGCAAAUGUGCAAAAUAUCGAACAGAGAGAUUUGGGGUUAAAAUCUUGAUUGUUGAUACGCCUGGCGUAUUUGACACAAAGCAAACUAAUGCUCAAAUUCAAAACGAACUUGUGAAAUGUAUUACAAUUUCAUCUCCUGGACCCCAUGCCUUUAUUUUGGUUCUCCAACUUACACGCUUUACAGAGGAAGAAAAGAACACAGUAAACCAUUUUGUAAAGCAUUUUGGGGAAGGUGUUUAUAAAUACUUCAUAAUCCUUUUUACUAGAAAAGAUGAUUUGGAUGCCGAAGGGAAGACAAUAGAAGAACAUGUAGAGAACGUCCCAGAAGACCUUCAAAAACUGAUUUAUAAAUGUGACCGAAGAGUAAUUGGAUUCAACAACAGACUUAAAGGAGAGGAAAAGGACCCUCAAGUAGUUGAACUUUUGGAUAUGAUUUUAGAAAACGUUAAGAAAAAUAAGGGGGAGUACUAUACAAAUGAAAUGUAUCGCGAAAUAGAAUUGAUUUUGCAAAGAGAAGAGGAGGAAAAACUCCAGAAAGAAAGGCUUGAACUAGAAAAGAAGAGAGCAGAAUUAGAAAAAGAAAUGGAAGGAAGAUAUUCUUCAUUGCUAGUAAUUGAAAACCAAAAAAUACAGGAAACACAAUCAAGGCUUUUGCAUCUAAAGAGCAAAUCCAAACAUGAUGAGGCUGAAACAGACAGACUAAGAGAAGAAAUUAAAUCUUUAGAAAAGGAAAUCAUGGAAGCUGAAGGGGAUGAAAAGGAAAGAAUUGUGCAACAAAUAGCGGAUAUGCAGAAAGAACUGGAUACUUACAAGAUUUCUGCAGAAAAGGAUUCCAAAGAAAUCGAAGAAUUAAGCAGAAUUUUGGAUGAUGGAGAAAAACGUCGAGAUCAGCUGAAUAAAAAGUUGGAGGAAGAAAGAAAAAGGUUAGAAAAAGAAGAGAAGGAAAAGGAAUUAAGAUGGAGAGAGAAAUAUCGACAAGAUCUCAGAGAUGAGGCAGAGAAAAACAAAGGUAUCAUAGUACGAACGGGAGAAGCAAUCUAUGGUUUUUUCCGAAAUCUGGUCCCCUGGUAA